AUGGGCAAGGAGGAUCGUGAAGAGAGUGAGGAAGCAUCAAUGUUAUGUAGGCGCCGAGCAGCACUACUUCUAUGUGUUCAACAACUGUCCCUCGCUCUCAUUGGUCUCCAAACGGUUGCGCAAUCAGCAGCACUCACUGGCCAUGGGUGGGUCCUUGAGCUGUUGAGUGGUCAUCCUGACCGCAUUCGUGCAGAACUUGGUGUCAGGUGCCAUGUUUUCUUUAGGCUGGUAGAUCUACUCAAGUGCUAUCAAUACGUUGACUCAAGGCAUGUCCACAUUGAGGAGCAACUUGCAAUAUAUCAAUACGCCUGCGUCACUGGCUUAUCAGUUUGCCAUAUCGGUGAAUGA